AUGGUGGCAGGACUGGAGUCCCAUCAGCUUUUGAAGGUAGGAUUUGUCAGCACUAAUGCUUCUCUCUUCCCCUCCCCGCCCACUAGUGCCCGUGGACCUUGGACCUGUGUUUCCAGUCCUGUUCCUGGCACCAUCUCCCGCUCCUCCUGCCUAGACUCCGUGGGUGGACCUCGUACCUGGUUCGUCACCUCCUUUCGUCUGGGUGUGUCGGUGGGUCCGACCACGAGUGCCGGCCCUGUCCGCCCCGCUCGGGCGCUGCGGGACUCUGCCCAGGAUGGUGAAGGCCACUGCUGUGGCUCCGGCCACCCCCAGCUCAUCUUCACAUCGUCGGGCAGCCCCGCUCCGCUGCUCCCUGGGGCCGUGGCAGAGCUCCUGCCCAGAGAACUGGCAGCAGCAGGACUCCAGCGAGAAGAAAGCCACCAGGCAAAAGCCAAGACACAUUUGCGUGGACAGGGGAGGAUUUGCAGGUUCCCUCUCACCAGGCCUGUUCUCUGCAAGAAGUGGGAGGCGGCCGUGAAGAGGAAGAACUUCAAGCCGACCAAGUACAGCAGCAUUUGCUCGGAACACUUCACCCCCGACUGCUUUAAAAGGGAAUGCAACAACAAGCUCCUGAAGGAAAAUGCCGUGCCCACGAUAUUCUGUUACACGGAGCCCAGUGAAAAGGCUGAAGAGUUUGCAGAACAGCCAGAAGAUCCACUACCACCUCCGCUGCCACCACCACCACCUCCACCACCACCACCACCGGCAGCUCCAGUACUACCACCAUCUUCAUCAACUCCUCCUUUUCAUUUAUCUCAAAUAGAUGCCAGGUUUGUAGAUCCAAGUAUUGGAUUAUUGAUGCCUCCUCUCCAGACCCCUAGCAAUCUUGCUGUUUUUUGUGAUCACAACUAUACCGUAGAGGAUACAGUUCAUCAGCGUAAAAGAAUUCAGCAGCUGGAGGAACAAGUUGAAAAACUGCGGAAGAAGCUCAAGACAGCGCAACAGCGAUGCCGGCGUCAGGAAAGACAAAUUGAAAAACUGAGAGAGAUUGUUCAGUUUCAGAAAGAAAAAGACAUAUUGGCAGGAAAAGGCUAUGUGAUUCUGCCCAAUGACUAUUUUGAAGUUGUCGAAGUACCUGCCUAGAAGUCAUGAACAUCAGCUUU